AUGUGUCUCAUCUCUGUCUGUUCUCUGCUGGGUUUAGGUCUGGUGGGGAAGCUGAAUCCACUGAAUAAGGUGGAUCUGACCAACCCUGAGCUCUCCAUCAUCAUCGAGAUCAUCAAGGCGGUCUGCUGUGUCAGCGUCCUCAAGGACUACACGCUCUUCCGCAAGUACAACCUGCAGGAAGUGGCCAAGGAGCCCACCAAUCAGAGCACGGGCCCGCAGAACGCAACCAAUCAGAGCACGGGCCCGCAGAACGCAACCAAUCAGAACACAGGCCCGCAGGAGGCAGUCCAUCAAACGCAGGAACACGGGGAGGGAGAGAAAGUGGAUGGGAGCGCAGAGAGCUGCGACAUAACCGCUGGCAACGGGACGAAGGAGGCGGAGCUUGAGUGAACGUGUGUCACAUGACUGUGGCUGUGUUUUUAAAACCAUUUCUACAAAGUUUGUGUGUUAUGUUCAGGCUUUUGUUUUUACUUCUAUAUGUUGGGUGAUAUUAACAGUUUCUGUUCAUUGUACGGGACUCUUGUGUCAUUUUGGACACAUUUUCCUCUGAAAAGAAGAAAUCCAAUUAAACAACUAAA